CUUUCAAAUCCAGACCACGCCUCUUCAGUACCUCCUCUCGCCCAAAAAGUCAGCAAGAUGACAUCCAGCUCAAGCGAAAUGGUACAACCUGCCGCAUAUGGAGGUUACGGCAGACAGACAGGUCUUUAUGGGGGACUUCAGGGUGUCGAGUUCGCUGCGAAAUGCCCACCAGAUGUCCAGAAAAAUACAAGAAUCAUUGCGGUCUGCGGAAUACCGGAAAUCGAUGCAGGCCCGCAAGAUGAUGGAUGGUUCUUUUCGGACUUCUUUUUAUUUUAUCAGAUGCUGGGUUCUCGACCCGAACUACCUAACCAACUAUGGUUUUCAAGUUGCUCGCCCAGUGAUUUGACCCGCAAACACGGGCGUUAUCUCUACGGGCCUGCAAAUGGAGUUGCAGGAGCUCGGAGAGUUGUCAUGAACGAGGCAAUGCUGCCAGAAGAUGAAAUGAAAGCCGGAUUUCGUAUUGUCAACCCAAAAGAUCUCCUUGAAAGAUUCUUAGCCACUCUCAAAUCCGAGAUCCAAGAAGCUGCACGAGCUAAACAACCAGUUCUGGUGCUCAUAUUUGGGCAUGGUGAAGAGGAUACGUCCGGAAUCUUCAUUGGUUGUGGUGAAGGCGGCCUCUGGAAGAUUACCCAACCAAGGCUCACUUCUAUGCUGCAAAAGGCGGUUCAAACGACAAUGAUCUUGACAUCGUGCUUCUCCGGUGGCUGGAUCAUGAAGCCAAAUUUCAACAAAAACUUCGAUAAGAAGCCCCUCUUCAAUCACUCCUUUCUCACAGCAGCGGGAGCCGGUACCCCGAGUUGGUCUUGGGGGAUAAGUGAGACCGUUGGACAACAAGCUGGAGGAAGUGUUUUUGCGACAUGCCUCCUAAAUUCCAUAAUCACGAUUUCUGAUCGGAAAGAAGGUUCAAUCGCGAAGGAGAAGCUAAUCAAGGUGAAAGAAGAUGACGAGGGAGAAGAACUUUCGAUGGCCGGUUUGACGCAGCAGAUUGUUAAUGAAUGUCAAGCUCAGUGCGGAACAAUAUGGACAGAGCACGAAUUCUCAUUUGCUGUCCAAGACGACCUUUGGGCCCAAUCAUGUGGGAAAAGGACGGGACUUCCUCUCUUGAAUUAUGAAGAGAGGUGGAGGAGCCUGCCAGAAGCCCCGGUAAUGAGGAAAGUCUACAAAUCGGCCGGUCCUCUUAAUGGCUCUGUCAUGUCAAAAAGUCCAGGAGCUCUCCAUCGUAUGGUUAAAGUCAAAGCGAUUAGGUACAUGAACUCAAAUCCAGGCCGGGAUAAUGAGGGCGGCAAUACCAACUGUCAUCCUAGAUUCCACAGGCUGAUUGAAGGGGCUGAAUUCGAUAUUGACCAACUCUACCGGCUGAACGAAAUCUUGGACUACAGGGAGGGUCAGAUGAGACUAGCAGAAUUUUAUUGCGGUAUUCUGGACAUAGGUGUUCCGGAAGGUUGGCAAGGAAACAAAUUUGAAGAGUACGCAUGGAAGCUCCCUUAUCUCAAAGAAAAAAGCGAACCAUCUACAGACCGUUCGAACUCCGCCAUUGAGGUCUUGGAAAAAUUUAGCAUGAUUCGGAGCUGGGUGUUUCAACUUGGCAUCUUCGAUUCUCCUCUUCCUCAUCAAGGGUUUGCUUAUUCUUAG